UCCCCUUUCCCCCCACAAUGCAAUUUCACAUAGGGCCGACACAUUCGUUCUGGGAGGAUCUAAAAUCGAAAUUUUGUUGAAUAUUUCAAGAAUUACAGCAUAUUUUAACCCGGGUCCAGCAGAUGACCAGAAGUGAUUUAUGAACAUUGGGCAAUGGCUGCAGCAGGAGGAGGAGAGGCAUGGAGGAUAACAGGGGAGGACCGGGCAAAACAUGACGGACAGUUCUUCGCGCUCAAACCUGUCAAUGGAUUUGUCACUGGUGAGCAGGCUCGCAACUUCUUUAUGCAGUCUGGCAUUCCUACACCGAUACUGGGACAGAUAUGGGGCCUGGCCGAUAUGAACAAUGACGGGAAGAUGGACAGGAAGGAGUUUUCCAUCGCCAUGCACCUGAUCAAGAAGAAGCUGCAGGGUUACGAGCUACCGCGGUCUCUACCUGCCACCCUGAAGGCUGACCCCUCCCCCGUCGUCGGCUCAUUCGGGGCCGCACCCUCCCAGCAAGGCAUGAUGGGUAUGCCCGGAACCAUGGGUGUCAUCCCCCAAGUUGGAAUGGUAGCACCCGUUACCAUGACAAUGGGACAGAGAAUGCCAAUGAUGGCCAAUGGAAUGCCACAAAUGGGUGCAUCAACUGGGUUUAUGGGUGGUGUUCCAGUGUCAUCCAUGGGUCCCAGACCGGCCGCACCUGCUAGUGGUGGGUCCCUGGCGAUGCCACACAACUCGAAGUUAAAGUUCACCCAGAUGUUUAACACACAUGAUAGAAACAAGAGGGGAGCUCUGACAGGUGUGGAGGCACGGGCAAUCCUUGUUCAGACUGGGGUCCCACAACAGAUGCUGGCACAGAUAUGGAAUCUGUCAGACGUGGACAAGGAUGGACAGCUGAACUGUGAUGAGUUCUGUAUCGCCCUGCACCUAUGUGACUGUGUACGGAUGGGCAUCGCCCUGCCCCCUAAACUGCCACAGGAGCUCCUACCUGCCAAGGCACGCUCCGGCAGCUUUGGGCCACCCCAGCAAGCACAUCCUGUACAUGCAGCUACCCAGAAGGACUCUUUUGGUGACCUGGUCGGCAGUCUUGGGAUGCCUGCCCCUGUCCAGCCAGCUCCUGUUGCCAAUGGUGAUAGCAAGCAAGAGGAAGUAGACAACUCUCCAGUGACGUUUGAGGACCGUCGAAAGCUGAACUUUGACAAGGGCCAGGCAGAGUUAGAGCGACGGCGACAACAGCUACAAGAACAGUUGAGAAAGGAGGAGGAGGCAAGGAUGCAGAAGGAGCGACAGGAACAAGAAAAACGGGAAAAACAAAGGCAGGAGAUUGAGCGCAAGAAGCAACAGGAACUGGAGCGACAGCUGGAGAAACAGCGGGAGAUUGAGAGACAACGGGAGGAACAGAGGCAGAAAAUCAUGGAACAGAGGGAGUCAGCUCGUCGUGAGUUGGAGCGUCAGCGACAGAUGGAGUGGGAACGUCAGCGCAAGGAACAGUUGAUGGCUGAGAAGCUCCGCGAGUACGAACAACUGACGGCUCUUAAGUCACGCUCCUCAAAUUUCAAGUGUGAACUCGAGUCAUUGCAAGGGAAGAAGGCUGAGUUCAGCACGAAGAUAUCCCAGGUGAAGAAUGGAGUCACCGACUUCACGGCCCACAUUGAGGCUAUGAGGAGCACACGGGACCUGAAGAACAAAGAUAUAGAGAGGUUACACAAGGAAAUACAGGAGGUGAAUGGCCGACUGGCGAGUUUACAGGCAGAGAGAGAGUCACUGGACCUGAAAGUGCAGACCACUAUCCAGGCAAACCCCAUGUCUGAGACUCACAGAACAAUGAUGCACAGUGUGGAGUUGAAGAAGAUGUCCGUACAGAAACUGAAAAAGGAUCUGGAGCAGAUAGAGAAAGACACUGAGGCCAGGCUUGCUGAUAUAGACACACAAAAUGUCAAACAUAAGGAGAUGAAUGUUACAAUAAGCCAGCUGCAGACGGAGAUUGGGAAGGUUGAGAAGGCUGGGCAGAUGAGCCGGGCCGCGGAGAUGGCAGAGAAUAAUCGGGUACAGCGGGAACGGGACAAGCAUGAGAACCUCCGUAAACAGCUCGAACAACAGAGGAAAGCAGAGACCAGUAAGUCAAAGGCCCCAGAACCACCAAAGGCGGCAGAUUCUGGUGGUAACUGGUUCGCGUUCGGUAACGAUGUUGGCGGCCAGUCAGGCACUACAGCUACCAGUGACAACUGGGCAAGCGUUUUCGACUCCCAGCCUGAGGUUGCCAGUAGCAGCAACAACUGGAGUGCUGCAUUCUCUAGUCAAACCACAUCAACCACCACUACCACCACUGUCAGUCAAGAUACCAGUAACUUUAAGUUGUCAGGAGCUACGAAGAGGUUCAAGGCCAUGUUUGAGUUUGAAUCCAGAAAUUCCGAUGAGCUCACCCUUAAGCCAGGAGAUAUAGUCAAUGUGUUUAAUGACCAGACGGGCGCGGAGCCUGGCUGGCGGGGUGGGGAGAUGGAAGGGAGAAAGGGCUGGUUCCCAGAGGCGUAUGUGGAGGCAUUGCCGGAGGAUGAUGGGCGGGGAACCGGAACCAUGGCAACCACGGGGGCAAUAGACUGGGGAGCGUCAGCUGGGGUGAACAUGGGGGAGGGAGCCCCCCUCGCCAUUGUCACCUCCGAGGCCUCCUCCUUCAUCGCUGUCCAAGGCAAACUCCCCUCUGUGACUCCAUCACCUAUCCCAGGACAGGGUGAGGCUGCCCCGGCUGGUCUGCAGGCCCAGGCCUUGUACCCCUGGAAGGCAAAGAAAGACAACCACCUGUCCUUCAACAAGGGUGAUGUGAUCCAUGUACGCGAACAGCAGGACAUGUGGUGGUCCGGGGAGGUCCACGGCAAGAAUGGUUGGUUCCCAAAGUCGUAUGUGAAGCUGAUCAGUUCUGGCACUCCCACUAUGAAGACAGACUCCCCAAUCCCUAGCAUGGUCACAGUGGAAUCACCAGCAAAACACGAGUCGCCUGCACCAACCCAGCCAGCUGGAGAGCUAUAUGAGGGCCUGUUCGCCUACCAGUCUGGUGAGCCAGAGGACCUGGUGUUUGGCCAGGGGGAGGUGAUCACUGUCACCAAGAAGGACGGGGACUGGUGGACAGGUCAUAUAGGAGACCGCUCGGGCAUCUUCCCAGCUAACUACGUGAAAGCAUAUGAACAACCGACAUCAGCUGCUGGGUCAAACUACGAUGGGAUUGCUGUCAUAGAAAACAGUCCCUUUCCAGAAGACCCUUUUAGCUCAUCUGACCCCCAGCUUAAUGUAGGAGUUGACUUUACCCCACAUGACCCACUGACAAUGCUGGGUUCCAAUGGUCCAUCUGGAGAUGGGGCAUUCUCUGAUGACCCAUUUAAAAACUCAGAUGACCCAUUUAUAGGCUCUGAUGACCCAUUUAAAAGCUCUGAUGACCUAUUUCAAAGCUCUGAUGACCCAUUUAAAAACUCAGACGACCAAUUUAAAAGCUCUGAUGAUCUAUUUAAAAGCUCUGAUGACCCAUUUAAGGGUUCUGAUUCUAGUUCAUUUCCUGAUGAUCCUUUUCAACAAUCCGAUGACUCUGGCUCAAAAGACUGGGCAAUUUCUAAAUCCAAUUCAAACACUGAAGAUCUAUUUAAAACCUCUUCCGAAAAUGAAGAAUCCUUAAAAGCCUUUGAAUCAACUCCAGUUAAACAAGACUCUUUUAAGGCUGUAGACUUAAAAGACUCCAAUGCUGCUGUUCCUGAUGACCCUUAUAAGGCAUUCGCUGAAAUGUCAAAUGAUGACCCUUUUAGCAAGGCAUCGCCAGAUACCAAACCCAAUAUUGAUAUGACUGACAUGAGUAGUCCUUCAAAUGUAAUAACAGCGGAGCCUGCGCCAAAAUCUUCCAUGAACAAAUCAGAGGAUGAUAAUUUGUUUGGAAGCAAUUCACAGCUAAGUUCCUCUGAGAAAAAUAUGACUUUUGACUUAAGUGGCUCUAUGAUUGAUACCAUUACAAGCAGUGACCCAUUACAAUCAUUAUCCUCUAACCAGGAGUCGAACACCCAGGCUAAUGAUCCAUUCCAAGGUGCUGAUCCAUUUUCACAGUCCUCCUUUGGAGCACAGUCCAACACAAGUACAGAUGAUCCGUUUGCAAAUGAUGAUCCUUUUAAAGCCUUGUCUUCAGAAACUGCAUCUGACGACCCAUUUAAAAAAAAUGAUGACCCUUUCAAAGACUUCACAUCUCCGCCAAAUACAAAUGCUGGUGAUCCUUUCGCCAGUUCAGGUUCAACAUUUCCAGAAGACCCAUUUGCUAGCUUUAAUACAGGAACAUCAGAGGAAGCAACUGUCACUGAUGCUGCCUCCAUUGACCCUUUUGCUGCCUUUGGCGACACUCAGUCCAGUUCUGACACUUCCUGGGCUGCAGCGUUUUCAGACAAUGCCCCUGACUUCUCCCUAGAUUCUCUGGAGCGUGAUGCCUCCUCCUCUCUCACCCAGGAUAUAGCCUCCCUGACCAAGGUCUCCGACCCUCUCUCCCACAGUCAGGGGCUGGACAGCUCCAGCCAGACUGAGGGGUCCAUCAUGAACUUGACCUCUCUAAGGUCAUUUGACACUGUCAGCGGUGGCCCUGAGGCUGAGGUCAAAGAAGCAUUGGAUAAGACCCCUAGACUUCCCUCUAAAGCAUCCAAACAACCUCCCCCUAGACCCCCGGCCCUGCCUGAGAAAACUCGCAGCAAAAGCUCCCUGAAACAAUCUGGGCUAGACUCAAACAGAGAUGUAGGAGGCGAUGCAGUUCCUGGUGCAAAUCCCGCCCCCGCGGCUCCCUCAUCAGCUGCGGCUCCUGUGGCUCCCUUGUCAGCUGCUUCAACAGCCUUGGCCGGAGCAUCAAAGACAGGGACCCUAAAAAAGCCAGAGAUUGCCACUGUGAUAGCAGCAUACUCAGCGACUGGGCAGGAGCAACUCUCCCUGAGCCCGGGCCAGCUGAUCCAGGUCCGCAAGAAGUCCCCAUCAGGCUGGUGGGAGGGAGAACUACAGGCGCGAGGUCAGAAGCGGAAGAUUGGUUGGUUCCCAGCUAACUACGUGAAGCUCCUGGGUGGCAGUGCCCGCUCCACACCGGACAACACACUGGCAGGAAGUGGGGAUACCUCACCAGCUACUACUAUGUUGGGUAAGGCUAGCAGUCACAGUGCUGCCCCAUCCAGUGCUGCCCCAUCGCCUGCUCCCCAGUCCACCACACCGCAGCCAGUGGCACACACAUUCACAGACCAUGUGAUAGCGCUGUACCCGUACACGGCCCUACAUGAAGAUGAGCUCACAUUCCCGAAGGACGCUGUGAUAAAUGUGGUGAAAAAAGACGACCCGGACUGGUGGAGCGGAGAGUAUAACGGAGCCACUGGUGUUUUCCCAUCAAACUAUGUACAGAACAUAACCCCAGAGGCAACCUCAUGGUCCUCGGAUGCGUCAGUGAUUGAAGUGACUUCAUCAGAGGAGCGCAAACGACAGAGCCGCAUCCAUGAGCUGAUCAACACAGAGGAGACGUACAUGCAGGACAUGUCCAUCGUCCUCGAGGCCUUUUACCGGCCCUUGGCUGAAAGUGGGGCUCUGACAGAGGACAACCUCCAGGCCAUCUUUGUCAACUGGAAGGACCUCAUUGUGUGCAAUACUAAACUACAAAAGGCUUUACGUGUUAGAAAGAAGAUGUGUGGUGUGGGUCAGGUUAUCAACAGUAUUGGCGACAUCCUCUGUGAAAAUAUCCCACAUCUGACGGCCUACAUCCGCUUCUGCAGCUGUCAACUGAACGCUGCGGCCCUUCUCCAGAAACUCACAGAAACAAACCCCAAGUUCAAUGAAAUCCAUAAGAAAUGUGUUCAAAAUCCAAAAACCAAGGGAAUGCCUCUGAGCAGUUUCCUGCUAAAACCUAUGCAGAGAAUUACCAAGUAUCCACUCCUAGUAGAAAAGAUAAUGCAGCAUACGCCUGUGGGACAUCCAGACCACUCCCACCUGUUGGAGGCUCUAGAGAAAUGCCAGGAGCUGUGUAGCCAGGUGAACGAGGGUGUGAGAGAGAAGGAGAACUCGGACCGCCUUGAGUGGAUACAGCAGCGUGUACACUGUGAUGGACUGCCGGAGAAAAUUACUUUCAACUCGGUGACCAACUGCCUUGGCCCACGUAAGCUGCUACACACGGGUGUGGUUUGUAAGACUAAGAGCGGAAAGGAGCUGGCUGCCUUCCUAUUUAAUGACUUCCUGUUGCUGACCACCUCCAACCGACCCCUGAACAGCGCCACUCACAGCCUGUUUGACCUCACCGGACAUGUGCAAUACAAGAUGUACAAGACGCCCAUAUUUCUCAAUGAAGUGAUGAUCAAAGACCCGAACCCAGAUGACCCAGACGCAUUCACCAUCUCACAUGUAGAUCGUGUGUAUAACCUGCGCUGUCACAGCCACACGGACCGAGACAACUGGGUGAAACACCUCCGAACCGCAUCCCGACAUUACCUAGACACGGAGAGGAAAAAACGAGAGAAAGCUAUCAGCUUGCGACAUACUCCUGGCAUGGGACGACUACUUGUUGUAAUUUUAGAGGGCAUUGAUCUCCAAGCAAAAGAUGCACAUGGUAAGAGUGACCCGUACUGUGAGGUGAGUAUGGGGUCCCAGGAGCACAAGACAAAGGUGAUCAGUCAGACCCUGAACCCUUGCUGGAAUGCAUCCAUGCAGUUCAUCAUCCGUGAUAUUGACAUGGACGCUCUCUGUAUCACAGUCUUCGACAGGGAUCUCUUUUCACCCAACGACUUCCUGGGUCGUACGGAGAUACGUGUGAAGGACAUUCUGCGGGAGGCUGGGAAGGAUGGAAGGCGACCUAUCGUGAAGAGGCUCAUCCUACAUGAGGUGCCAACAGGCGAGGUGGUUGUCAAGCUUGACCUCCACUUGUAUGACCAGCUUUAAGGGAAUAUACACAUACAACUUUGUCAGAGGGCUAUGUUUGACCAGCCAUAAGGCAAUAUACAAAUACAACUUUCCUCAGAGGGCUUUGUAUAACCAGCCAUAAGGCAAUAUAUACACAUACAAGUUUUCUCAGUGGACUAUGUUUGACCAGCCAUAAGGCAAUAUACAAAUAUAACUUUCCUCAGAGGGCUUUGUAUAACCAGCCAUAAGGCAAUAUACACAUACAAGUUUUCUCAGUGGACUAUGUUUGACCAGCCAUAAGGCAAUAUACACAUACAAGUUUUCUCAGUGGACUAUGUUUGACCAGCCAUAGGAGGGAAUAUAUCAAAGCAAGAAAGCAAAAUGGUUUUAAUUGACAUCACAUACAGGAGAUGGAACUUCUUCCUAUUUUUAUGACUGUAUUCUCCUAUUGGGAUAGCCAUCAAACUCCUUUUGGAUGAUCUGGGGCCAUAUUCAAUAAGCUUCUUAGUAGAAAAAUUGCCAUUUUUCUAAUUUGAAUUUUAAGAGAAGGAAUAAUGUUUGUACACCAAAUAUAUGAAAAUAAGCAAGAAAAUGGUCUAAACAAUUUAUGCCUAAAUAUAUAUGAAUAAAUCUGAAAAAAGUAGCGGGUAUUUAUAAUCAUCGAUGUCAAAAAUUACUAAUUUCUCACUAAGAUGCUUAUUGAAUAUGGCCCCAGACACCUAGUCCUUAGGGAUAUUCAUACGUUGCUGCUUGGGAUACUGUGCAAUCUGUUCUUUUAAUUAUGGAUGUAUUACCACGGGGCUGCCAGGUUGUUGUUUUUUUUGCAGCAAAUAUAAAGAUUAAUCAUUAAUGUUAUUUUUACUUUUUAUAUUUUCACUGCUCUAAUUGAUUUUGGGUCUGAUGUUGCUUAAAAAAGUAGUGUAGCUUUCACUGUUUGAAAUGAUGCAAUGUUAUAUUUUAGAUGCAAUCUUCCAAUGAACAUCAUUUAGAUAGGCAUUUAAUAUUCUUUUCAUUAAUAAUUUCUAAUAUUUUGGCAUAGAGGACAGAACAUUGUUAACUUUCAGUGUGUGAUAGAACUUUAUUGCAGUCAUAGUCACAAAAAAUAUAUCUUGAUGUGAUCACUCUGUGAAAUAGUGAAAUAGUUUUAAUCUUACAUAUAAAUGAAACAAAAAUCCUCAAUGUUAUUACAGCAAAACAAAACAUAUUCCUUGUUGCAGCCAGUUUUAACUUGAUGUGACCCUUUGUGGGUUGAAAAGUCUAAAACAUUUAUCACAGUGUAUUCAGAAUCUCAGACACUUUAGUUCCAUGUAAAUCUUUGUCUCUGAUUUCAUUAGAUAAUAGCAGUAUAAUAGGUCUCAUGAGUUUAAGAUAAUUAUUCAUUACAGAGCAUUUAAUAGAAACUAAAGGCAUUUAAGCGUUUGGCAUAAUAUUUGAUACUCUAGGCAUUAAUUCAUGAUCUAGGCAUAAUAUAUGAUACUCUAGGCAUUAAUUAAUGAUCUAGGCAUUAGGAAAUGGGUUUCUUUCAUGAUCUUGCCAAUAAAGCUAAGCCAUUUUUUUGUAUACUGUAUUUCUGUAAAUGGAGGUUGGGAGUUUUUGCUGAGUCUGCUGUUGACCUCUUGUUGACCUGGCCACCAGUUUGUCUUUAUAUGUCUCACAAAAUCAUAUACUAGUAUUGCAUUAUUACUGUAAGUAUUACAACUAACAUUUUAAGUAUUUGAUCACAAAUUAUUGACUGUUUUAAUGUUAUCAAGAUGCAAUGUGGUAGACUGUUGGUAUUGGUUGCACAGUACUGUUUAUUAGUUAAUACAUGUGAAUGAUUUCAAUGUUGUAUUGAUAUAUCAUAUAACUAUUACAGAUCUACAUGUUCAGUGUACUUUGUAUUGUUGGUAUUUAAAACAAUAACUAUGUGAUAACGUUAACAAUUGUUAGAUAAUUUAAAAUACACUAUUGAAAUUAUUUUGUACAAAUGUCUUAACGUUUGAUGUCACUCUUGUAUAAGUUUUUCCAUGGUCAGAUACCCACGACUGACCCAUAACUCUCCAUUGGUCACAAAUGAAGUGUAAUGGAAUGGAUCAGUCAUGUAUGUCCGGCGAUGAGUUUUUCGUGCAGACUACCUUUUAUCACCAAAUUUUGACGGUGUUAUACACAAAUGGACAUUUCACUGUAAAUGUUACGGGCUAGCUUUUUAUGGAUAUCAAUUAAAACAGGUCUUGUGCAAAAUUAUGUUGAUCUAUAUAUAGAACAUUAUCUCAAUCUAUAUAUAGAACAUAAUACAAUCUUUAGUUAUAAUAUUAUGUAGGUCUAUAUAUAGAAUAUAUAUUAUGUACUUACACCAAUAUAUCUCACUUUAUGACUUCCUUUAUACGCAGAUUAAGUCAGACAGUCACUACCUUCAAACCUUGACAUUUCACUUAAAAGAAUGCGUGUAUGUGGUACCACAUUAAGUACCCGGUACUUUCUUAUGAAAACAUCUCUGUGCAUGAAUUCCUUUUGGAAUUUUGUAAAAUAGUGCUUAAUGUAUGUCAGGACAUUGUGCCUCAUUGUUACAUCCACAGGAGCAAUAUAUCAGACAGUUACACAUACUUUACGUUGUACAAGUAUUUCCAUACGUCUCAACAUACAAGUUAUUUUACAUAUGUAAUAAGUAUUUUUACUCACCCUAAAUUACACCCUAGGCAAACAAAUACAAAUAUUUUCAUUCAUAUGUUCAUAUAUUGUUUACUCAUUUUCACCGAGGCCCACCUAUAAAACAAACUCAUAUAAUUAUUUACACCCUUACUACCCAUAUCACAUGCACAUAUAUUGUACACAUACAUUGUACACAUAUAUGAAUUUAAACCAAUAAUCACAUACAUCUUAUAUACAUACACAAAGGAAUAGAUUUAUCCAAUCCCACAUAUACAUCAUACAGAAAAAAAUAUUUAAAUCCAUCCCCACAUAUGUAUCAUUCUUAUAUAAUUAUAUUUCACCUAUCCCCACAUAAACAUCAUACUCAUAUAAUUAUAUUUCACCUAUCCCCACAUAAACAUCAUACUCAUAUAAUUAUAUUUCACCCAUCCCCACAUAAACAUCAUACUCAUAUAAUUAUAUUUCACCCAUCCCCACAUAUGUAUCAUUCUCAUAUAAUUAUAUUUCACCCAUCCCCACAUAUGUAUCAUUCUCAUAUAAUUAUAUUUCACCUAUCCCCACAUAAACAUCAUACUCAUAUAAUUAUAUUUCACCUAUCCCCACAUAAACAUCAUACUCAUAUAAUUAUAUUUCACCCAUCCCCACAUAUACAUCAUUCUCAUAUAAUUACAUUUCACCCAUCCCCACAUAAACAUCAUACUCAUAUAAUUAUAUUUCACCUAUCCCCAUAUAUGCAUCAUACUCAUAUAAUAUAUUUCACCUAUCCCCACAUAUGCAUCAUACUCAUAUAAUUAUAUUUCACCCAUCCCACAUAUACAUCAUUCUCAUGUAAUUAUUUUUCACCUAUCCCCACAUAUGCAUCAUACUCAUAUAAUAGAUUUCACCUAUCCCCACAUAUGCAUCAUACUCAUUUAAUAUAUUUCACCUAUCCCCACAUAUGCAUCAUACUCAUAUAAUAGAUUUCACCUAUCCCCACAUAUGCAUCAUACUCAUUUAAUAUAUUUCACCUAUCCCCACAUAUGCAUCAUACUCAUAUAAUUAUAUUUCACCCAUCCCACAUAUACAUCAUUCUCAUGUAAUUAUUUUUCACCUAUCCCCACAUAUACAUCAUAUUCUUAUUAUCAUUUUUCACCUAUCCCCACAUAUGCAUCAUACUCAUAUAAUAGAUUUCACCUAUCCCCACAUAUGCAUCAUACUCAUAUAAUUAUUUUUCACAUAUCUGCACAUAUACAUCAUACUCAUAUAAUUAUUGUUCACCCAUUCCCUCAUAUCCCCUUGUAUAUUCAAAAUACACAUAUAAUUUAUUUUACCUUUCCCCACAUAAAAAUCAUACUUAUAAUUAUUUUCACCCAUUCCUAUAUGUACAACAUACACAUACAAGUCAUAAGUCUUUUCCCAUCCCAUCACUCUAUCCUUGUAUACAUAUGUUCAUUCCUUCUUUCUGUCAGCAUCACUGUCCACAUUAUUAAGUCUUGCCUGUGGCAUGUUCUAGUCCAUGUUGUUAGACUGCGAUUUACAUGCAUUCCAUGACUGUUCUAGUUUUUAUUUAAACUGCAUUUCAAUUGCAAAUAUGUUACUGAUGCACAAAAUUUGAUGAAAUUAUUUUGAAUAUCUUUCUUUUUAUUUUAUUUUCAUUGAUCCUAGAAGUGUUUUCACUGUAUACUAGUGUAUAUUCAUAUAUUUAACUGGUUUCAAAAUACCAUGUAGGACAUCAAAAUAACAAAAUUAUUUUUACAUAGUCAGCUGAUGUAUUGUAUUCAGCUGAUAUCUUGUAUUAGCUGAUAUCUUGUAUUCAGCUGAUAUCUUGUAUUCAGGUGAUAUCUAGUAUUCAGCUGAUAUCUUGUAUUCAGGUGAUAUCUAGUAUUCAGCUGAUAUCUUGUAUUUUGCUAAUAUCUUCUAUUCAACUGAUAUAUUUUAGUCAGCUGAUAUCUUGUAGUCAGCUGAUAUCUUGUGGUCAGCUGGUAUCUUGUAUUCAGCUGAUAUCUGGUUUUCAGCUGACAUCUUGUAGUCAGCUGAUUUCUUUUAUUUUCUGUUUUAAAAGUACAUUCUUUUAAUUUCUCUAUUAUUUUGUUUUUAUAUGACACAUUUUGGUGCUUAAUUUAUUGCUGGUCUACCCUUUCUAUUAAGUUGUCACAAACAUAUGAAAAUAAAAUCUUAAGAUAUGUCUCAUGAUGUGAAGAUAUGUCUCCGUAUCUUAGUUAAAACUGGACUACACUGACUUUUUCUACAGAUAGACGCUGUGUCAUAAGUCAUUUUAUGUUGUAUACACGAACAUGCAAUUAAAACUAUAGCCAUGUAUACAGUCAUGUACAUUAUAUCUGUUGAUUCAGAAACUAAUAUUGCAAGAGUUUUGUUUUAGAUUAAAAUUUUAACGUGAAGUUGACCAUGCUUGUUAAUUGUACAUUUUAUGUUGUUAUUAAUCCGAUUACUAUCCGUAAUGAUAUUAAAUGCCUAAA